ACAGACAGUAUAAUUACAUUAGAUACAUACAUUAGAUUAGAGUAGGUCGUGCCUACUGCUCCUACUGCUUGUAAAUAUAAUAUUUGUUAAUAAAUCAAGUGAUUUGUUUUAUUUUGUAAAUACCUACUAAAUUCAUCAUGUAUUUUUACUAUUGGAACUUAAUUUUGGUAAUUUUGGUGGUAAAAAAUGGUAGCAGUAUUGUGAUUGAUUUAUGCCAUGGUUACCAAGAUCAAUUUACAUGUUGGAGUCCAACGCAACGGUUCGAAAUAUUUGGAGUACAGAAAAGCGAAAGUUCAAGAUGGUAUACAACACAGAGUUUUUCAGUAUCUGAACAUUGUGGCACUCAUUUAGACGCUCCUUAUCACUUUUAUCAAGAUGGAUGGAAAUUAAAUGAUAUUCCGUUGGAACGCAUGAUAGUUGAAGGUGUGCAUCUGAAUGUCAGUCAUGAGGUCAAUGGAAAUGGUGAAUUUUUGCUUACAACCGAUCAUUUGAAAAAAUGGGAACAAGACAAUGGUCCACUCCCAAACCGUUCUGUGAUAUUAGUUAAUUUUGGUUGGGCUCAUAAGUUUAGAAAUCGUCAAUUAUACUAUAAUAACAAUGCAGAGCGAUCAACAUCAAGUUUUCCGGGUCUAUCUAAAGAAGCAGCACAAUGGAUUGUCGAUUCCAAAAAAGUAUUUGGCGUAGGAGUAGAUAGCCCGAGUGUCGACGCAGGCAGUACAACGUCAUAUGAUGUGCACAAAAUACUAUCUAAAGCCAACUUAUACAAUCUCGAAAACGUAGCUUUAAAUGGCACAAUAUUACCACAAAAAGGAUUCAAACUUAUUAUCCAGCCAAUCAAAAUUAUAGGAGGUACCGGCGGGCCUUGUCGUAUUUUAGCUUUUACAAAUAAUACAUUUGAAUAGUGAAUGAAACUUGAAUACUUGCUUAGGUAUAUACAUUUUAAUUCCGUACUUAACAGCUAUGAUUUAUUAUUGAUUGUUAUAAAAUUAAGACGUAGGUACAAAGGUUAAUGUAAAACAAGAUAUCUUUGUAAUUUUAUACAAACACAAUUUAUUUCAAAUCAUUAAUAAUUUAAGUAUUUCCACAUAUAAUAGGUCCAUUUUAGUGAUAUUCACGAACGAAUUUUCGAUUAUUUUAAUUUUUAAAUGAUUUUCACUUACUAAAUGAAAACAAAGUACAAAUGAUGCGGGAAUAAAGUGAUUAUUGAUGAUACAGAUUUAAAUAAAAUUGAUGUAGAGUGUGAACAAAAAUAUUGGUAAUUAGUUAGUAGAUACCUAAAGA